AUGGAGGUGUGGGGAGUUCUAACAACUUCCACGAUGCGAUGGAGUCGUUGGAAAGCGUCAAUAAUUAUAUUCAUCAUAAAUUUACUAACUGAAUCAUUAUUAGCUGGGUCUAGUCACAACAAUAAGAAUUUUAGAAUAAGCCCAAAACCAUGUGUUGUUAGCGAAAUAGAAGGAACAUGUAUGUUUGUGUGGGAAUGUAUAAAGUCUGAGGGAACGCAUUUAGGAAUGUGUAUGGAUGGGUUUAUGUUUGGAUCAUGUUGUGCACAUAAUCUAACAGAUAAUUUUGUAUUACCGCCAUCAACGCCAUUUCGUCCCCAAAUUAAACCAACAUCACCUGUGAAAUUAAGGCCUUCAAAUAAGCCCAAUAAACCCAAUCAUCUUGCGAUACAAAGACCAAAUGGAAGUGGAACGCUGGUGAUAAGGCAACCACUCCAGCCACAAAGGCCAUUUAAAACGAAACCCACAAGACGUCCGCCAACAAAGAAUCCUAUCGACAAUUUCAACGAUUCUCAAAAUGAAUUGAGUGUCUCUGCUAGUGUCUCAGCUAACACAUGGUCAUCAAAACCUUGGCAAGUCACAACAGAACCAAAUUUCAUAACAAAACCUCGACCAUCACCAUGGGACAAAACAACUCCGUCAAGACCAAAGCAAAAACCGACGAAAAAGCCAAUAACUUAUAUUUCUACUGUAGUAACAUCGACAAGGAAGCCAACAACAUUUAAACCCAAACCACCGGUGAAAACAGUAAAGCCAAUAACAACACAAAGAAGCACAACAACGACGACGACAACUACGACCACCACCCUCGCACCAAUCACAAGACCUAUCACUCGUUUUACUUCGAAGAAACCAAGCACGAUACCGUCAACUGAACUUUUGGAAAACACAAUUCCUUCGAAACCUUUACCACCUCUUAAACCAAUUCCUGGUAGAGACACUUUGUCUGCAUCUAGGAAUAUCGAUUGCGGACUUUCCACUGUAUUGGCUCGUCCUGAAACUAGAAUCGUCGGUGGCAAAAAUGCUCCGUUUGGCCGUUACCCAUGGCAAGUGUCAGUACGAAGAACAUCAUUUUUCGGAUUUUCAAGUACACAUCGAUGUGGAGGUGCUGUACUGAACGAAAACUUUAUAGCCACAGCAGGUCACUGCGUAGAUGAUCUCUUAACUUCACAAAUUCGUAUUCGCGUAGGUGAAUAUGACUUUUCUCAUGUUCAAGAACAACUUCCAUACAUUGAGCGUGCAGUGUCCAAGAAAAUUGUUCAUCCCAAAUACAAUUUUUAUACAUAUGAGUAUGAUUUAGCAUUAGUAAAACUGGAACAACCGCUUGAGUUUGCUCCGCACAUUAGCCCAAUUUGCUUACCUGCAACCGAUGAUUUACUGAUCGGACAAAAUGGAACUGUCACUGGAUGGGGCAGAUUAAGUGAAGGAGGGACAUUACCAUCAAUCCUUCAAGAGGUUUCAGUGCCUAUAGUCAGUAAUGAUAGAUGUAAAACAAUGUUUCUUAAAGCUGGUCGUCAUGAAUUUAUCCCAGAAAUAUUUUUAUGUGCGGGUCAUGAAAAAGGACAAUCAGAUUCAUGUCAAGGAGAUUCUGGAGGACCUUUACAGGUAAAAGGCAAGGAUGGGCAUUAUUUCCUAGCAGGCAUCAUCUCAUGGGGAAUCGGAUGCGCUGAAGCUAAUCUUCCCGGGGUUUGUACAAGGAUAUCCAAAUUCACACCCUGGAUUCUUGAAAACGUUUCAUGAUAACCGGAAAUGAAUCACCAGAAAGAAAGGAAGAAGAAAACGCGUCCUACAAAAUUUAAUUUCUAGUGAAAUUAUUAAAUUGAAAGAAAAGACCAACUGACAACAGUUGUCAUCAUUAAAAUAAAAUGAAUUCAUAAUUCGUAUUCGGAAGAUUUGAGUUCGGGUCAACGUAUUUAUAAAUCAUUUCUUGCCCUUAGCUUCUGUAAAUAAUGUUAUAAAUAAAAGAGAAUAACAUCAAGACAUAUUUUUGAGUGUGAUGAGCUAAAAAUGUCUUGAGGAU